ACAUGGAACGGAGCCGUUGGGUUUUGGCUGUUGGUCCCCAAUUCGAAAUCUUCAAACUCUGUUUUUCUAAAAAUAAAAAUACAAAAUCCAACAGACAAUAAAAUAUAAUAGAGAGAGAGAGACCAAUUGAGGUGCAUGCUCAAACAAACCGCUUUAUAAUCUUUGCAAUGUGUUCUGUUCUGCUUACAGAGGUGUGUCUCUGUUUAUGUCUCUCAACAGAUCUCACCAAUCUACCCGCAUCUCUCUUCUCUCUCCUCUCUCCCCACACAAAGCUUUUCUCUCACUACCCUUUUGCUCCUGAACUCUCACUCUCAAUUUCUAGAGGUGUUGUUGGUCUCUGAAAGCAAAAGAGCCUCAUGAAGUGCAUGUGAAGCUCGGCGAGAGAUCUGGGUGGAGUUAAUGAUCGAAACCGGGUUCACAGCUUUUUCUGAUUACAGGUGGAGUCUUUGGGGUCUGGGAGCAAAAGGGUUUGUAGUUUUGAUUGCUUCUGAGGUUUUGGGAAAGUGGGUUCUGUUUAGUUGCUACAGUGGGACUGUGAGGGAGUUGGGUUUGUUGGGGUUCCAUUUGGGUUUAGUACUUUAUAGAUUUGUGCUUUGGUGCUGUUUAUGAUGAACUAUGGGGGGUUUGUUGUUUUUGAGUGAGAAAUUAUGCUUUUUGAGGGACUUUGCAAAAUUGCAAGUCUGCUGUUAUAAUUGGAAAUGGUGUCAAUUGAUUUGAAGUUGAGUGUUAUCUUCUUGAUGGAAGGUGUUUAAUUGAUUGCUGGUGAUUUAUGGCAUUGUCUCAAGCAUUGCUAAACAGUUAGAGGGACUGUCAUUGGUGGAAAUUGGUAGCUUUUGUACUCCCAUCUAUGUAAAGAUUGAGAGAAACCAUGCGAAACAGUUUAAUUUGUUUCAUUAAUUCGGAGGAGAUUCUGGUAUCGGACACGUAGAAGACGGUCUGAUCAUGACCAGGGCUGUCCGAGAUAGGAUUCUCAAGGAUGCAAAUGGUGACAUUAGUGAUCAUCUGCGCAACCACAUUCAUUUGACAAAUUGCAUUCACUUGAAGAACCAUAUGCACAAGCACAGCCCCAUAUUGGCCGAUAGGUCACUUAUGAGGGACUUGGUUGUCCUUCAGAGGUCUCGAUCUCUCAGGGACCCUUCUGCAAGCCCUCCUUCAUGGCAGUCUCCUUCCAUUGUUGAAAUGCUUUCCAAGAAAGGUGAAAAUGCUCCCCUGGUGCGGGAGGGGAGAAGGUCGGUAGGAAGUGAGCAUCGAAGAGAAGGUAGGAGGUUGUUGGCAAGUUCUCCACCUAUAGCAAGUUUCGGAACAUCAAGAGUUGCUCCAGAUGAAGCUAAUGGGGAGAAUACUGUGUUAGCUGGAAUGAGUGAACAUGGAAGCAAGAGUGGAAGAAGAGUUAGAAGAGAAGAAUCUAGUCAGAAGAGCAAUAGGAUUGAUAUUUUGGGUGGCAAUGAGGAGUCUCCACUAGAUCAAAAGGGUCAUGAUUUAAGUCAUGACACUGUUUCCCGAAAUUCAGAAUCAAAAAGUAGAAAAAGUAAACAAAAGGGAAAGCACAUCCAAGGUGUUCAGAUGAAGACUCUCUCGGAGCAAUUGAAUGAAGUUAGGAUGGAUAGUGAUGAUUUAGCAUCGUCCAACAUUCAUCUACCUGGAAGACGGUCACGACAGGAAGGAAUUGUUCAGGAACCGGAAGUCAGCAUUCGAGGCAAUUGCAGUGGACUGAGUAGGGUAAAACGGCGGAGAUUUCGAGGUGGCAGAAGAAGCCGUGCUUCUGUAGCUUCCAGAGACAUUGGAGCUCAUAAUGAUUUGUCUGUGGCUUCUAAUACUUUAGGCCAUGGGUCAGCUCACUCGAAGUAUCACAUGGAGCAGGAGCAGGAGCAGGGAGAGGAUGAGUAUGAGGAGCAAAAUGUCACAAGGGCUCCCGGAAAUGGGUGCGGGAUUCCAUGGAAUUGGUCAAGGAUCCAUGAUAGAGGCAAAUCAUUCCUUGACAUAGCUGGAAGGAGUUUUUCAUGUGGUAUGUCUGAUUCAAGGUUUAAGAAAGGUGAUCUGGGUGCUCAUGGCAGAGACAUUUCUGACAUGCCUAUGGCCUCCGAUAAUUCGAGCUCUUCUACUAAAUAUGAUGCCGAGGCAUUGCCUUUACUAGUUGAUGCAUCCGGGUCACAGGAAAGCGCUGGUUGGGUACAUGACUACUCUGGCGAACUAGGUAUAUAUGCUGAUAAUCUAUUCAAGCAUGAUGUAGGUUCUGAAUUUGCUUCUGAAGCUAGAUCUGGUGAUCAACGCAAAUUGAGAGGGCAUCGCCAUGGCAGACACCAAAAUCUGACGCAGAAGUACAUGCCAAAAACCUUUAGAGAUCUUGUGGGACAGAAUUUAGUGGUGCAAGCUCUUUCCAAUGCUGUCAUGAAAAAGAAAGUUGGGUUGCUCUAUGUAUUCUACGGUCCUCAUGGUACAGGAAAAACGUCCUGUGCUCGCAUAUUUGCUAGAGCUUUGAAUUGCCAGUCUUUGGAUCCUCCAAAGCCUUGCGGCUGUUGCAAUUCUUGCAUUGCACACGAUGUGGGUAAGAGUAGAAAUAUAAGGGAAGUUGGCCCUGUUAGUAAUAUUGACUUUGAGAUCAUCGUGGACCUACUUGACAAUAUGAGCAUUUCCCAGCUGCCAUCACAGUACAGAGUGUUCAUCUUCGAUGACUGUGAUACUUUAUCCCAGGAGUGCUGGAGUGCCAUAUCAAAGGUCAUUGAUCGAGCACCCAGACGUGUGGUUUUUGUCCUUGUCUGUUCAAGUCUUGAUGUUUUGCCUCACAUAAUCAUAUCCAGGUGUCAGAAAUUCUUUUUCCCAAAGCUAAAGGAUGCAGAUAUUAUAUACUCUUUGCAAUGGAUUGCAACCAAAGACGACUUAGAAAUUGACAAGGAUGCACUGAAACUUAUUGCCUCAAGAUCAGAUGGUUCAUUGAGGGAUGCUGAGAUGACUCUAGAGCAACUGAGUUUGCUUGGCCAGAGAAUCUCUGUUCCUCUAGUUCAGGAACUAGUUGGGCUUAUCUCUGACGAGAGAUUGGUGGAUCUGCUUGAUUUAGCAUUGUCUGCAGACACAGUUAAUACUGUGAAGAAUUUGAGAGUGAUAAUGGAAAGUGGUGUUGAGCCAUUAGCCUUGAUGUCACAACUUGCAACAGUUAUUACAGAUAUACUUGCUGGCAGCUAUGAUUAUACCAAAGAAGGGCGUAGAAGGAAGUUCUUUCGGCACCAACCAUUAUCAAAAGAAGACAUGGAAAAACUGCGUCAAGCUUUGAAAACUUUAUCUGAGGCUGAAAAGCAAUUGAGGACAUCAAAUGACAAGUUAACAUGGCUAACGGCUGCGCUUCUCCAACUUGCUCCUGAUCAGCAGUACAUGUUGCCUAGUUCUUCUGCAGGCACUAGCAAUCACAGUCCUUUGGCCUUAAAUAAUGCUGGUGUAAGGGAUGUUCCUAGUUAUGACAGAGGCUUGCCAACAAAUUUUAAAAAUGCCGGAAGUUCCAGUUUCUGUGGCAAUGGCUCAGUAAAAGGUAGGAGUUUAGAUAGAAAAAGUCAUGCUGGGGAUGGUAUGGCUAUAGCUACAAACUCUGCUGACAUAGUAAAAGGGACUGGGAGGAAUAAUGUUGACAGAAGUUAUAAAGCAAUUGAAGAAAUUUGGUUGGAGGUGCUUGAGAAAAUUCCAUAUAAUCGCAUAAAAGAGUUUUUGUACCAAGAAGGGAAGCUAAUAUCAGUCAGUUUUGGUGCAGCUCCCACUGUGCAGUUGAUGUUCUCUUCACAUAUGACUAAAUCUACAGCAGAGAAGUUUAGAGCACAGAUAUUACAGGCGUUUGAGAUGGUUCUCGGGUCUCCCCUGACAGUUGAAAUAAGAUGUCUAUCAAAAAGAGAUACCAAGGAAGGGGCCCAGAAGCCUAUUAUCAUACCAGCUUCUAAGGAUGGUUUGUCCCAGAUUAGAGAUAAAAAUAGUGUCAUCACAGAUGCCCAGCACCUACACCCUGACACCCGCGAAAUGGGGAAGAGUGAAAUUGUUGAGGUAGCUGCUUCUCCUAGGGAAGGCAAGGGUAGUGGUCAGAUCGAUAACCACAAAGAAUCUAGCGCACGGAGGGGAGAAGCAUCUAUAAAACAUAGAGUUGGGGAACAAAGUCAGAGUCAAAGCCUUGUCAGAGGCAAGGUGUCCCUCGCACAUGUAAUUCAACAGGCAGAAGGAUGCUCACAGCUCAGUGGAUGGUCACAACGCAAAGCAGUUUCUAUUGCUGAAAAGCUUGAACAAGAUAAUCUGAGAUUGGAAUCUCAAUCGAGAAGUUUGAUUUGCUGGAAAGCAUCCAGAGUAGCUCGUCGAAAGCUUUCACGUUUGAAAAUGAGGACAAGGAGACCACAUUCACUGCUGAAGCUUGUUUCCUGUGGCAAGUGCCUCUCUUCAAGAUCUCCAAGGUAGUAUGAGAAGAAUAGUUUUGGCUAGCUUUGAAGGUUUUGUACAACCUCAUCUGUAUUUCUUGUAUUUAGCCAAUUUAGUUCAGUUCAUUAGAUCAAUUUAUCCGACAAAUCCUUCUAUAUUGAAUAAGUGUACGAGUUAUAUUUAGAGGGGGAAAAAAAAAGUGGAAGUUCUGCAUGA